AUGAUUAAUGUUUUAAUUAAUAAAUCAAGUAAAUUAGUAAAUGGUGUUGAUAGUUGUAUUAAUAACAAAACCAUAAGAUUGUUUUGUUCAUCAUCGUCAACCAAUCAAGUUAACAAAACACCAUUUAAUUUGUGUAUUAUUGGUAGUGGACCAGCUGGUUUAUAUACAGCUGCAAAAGUUCAUAGACAAAUACCACAUGCAAAUAUUACAAUUUUAGAAAAAUUACCAUAUCCAUUUGGAUUAGUUAGAUCAGGUAUUUCACCAGAUCAUCAAAAUGAAAAGAAAGUAAAAAAUACAUUAGAAAAAGUAUUAUUAGAACAUCCACAUCAAAUUCAAUUCAUUGGUAAUGUUGAUAUUGAAAAGGAUAUAAAAUUUCAAUAUAUUAAAGAUAAUUUUCAUGCAGUUGUAUUAGCAUGUGGCAUUGAAGGUGAUAAAAAGUUGGGCAUACCAGGUGAAUUAACUUUAAAGAAUGUUUAUUUCGCUCGUGAAUUCAUUGGUUGGUUAAAUGGUAAUCUAAAAGAUCAACAUAAACAAUUUGAUCUUUCAAAUGAGAAUUUAGCAAUCGUUGGUCAAGGUAAUGUAGCUUUAGAUGUAGCUAGAUUACUCUUGAAAAAAAACUCUGAUGAAUUAAAAAAGACUGAUAUAACUUCAACUUCAUUUGAUAAAAUUAAUAAAUCAAAUGUUAAAAAUAUUCAUAUAAUUGGUAGAAGAGGACCUUUAGAAGUUUCAUUUACAAAUAAAGAAAUUAGAGAAAUAUUAACAUUACAAAAUGUAAAUACAUUUAUAAAUGACAUUAGUACAUUGGAUGUUUCAGAAGAGGAUGUAUCGAAAUUAGAGAGAGCAAAAAAGAGAACAUUUGAAUUAUUUAAACAACAUUUAAAACCAUUUGAUCAAGAGAUUGCAAAUAAUGGUAAUAUGAAUUUAAUAUUCCAUUUCUUAAGAUCACCUGUUGAAUUAUUAGAUAAAUAUGGUAGUAGUAGUGGUAGUGGUGAUGGUAUGGUGUUAUCAAAGAUUAAAUUAGAGAAAAAUAAAUUAAUAAUUGAUGAAAAGACUCAACAAAAGAAGGCAAUUGGUUCAGGUGAAUUUGAAAUAAUAGAAUGUUCAUCAUUAUUUAGAUCAAUUGGUUACACUGGUACAAAACAAUUCCCAAGUGUACCAUUUGAUUUCAAUAGUGUUUCAAUUCCAAAUAAGUAUGGUAAAGUUUUAGAGGAACCAAAUAGUGAUAAAUUCAUUAAUGGUCUCUAUGUUAGUGGUUGGUUAAAAGGUGGUCCAUCUGGUAGUAUUCCAAAUAUAUCUGCAAAUAGUGAAGAAACAGCUUCAAUCAUUCAUCAAGAUUAUGAAUCUAAUCAAUUCAUUAAUAAUAAUAAUAAUAAUGACGGCGGUCAUAAUAGUAUAACAAGUCUCUUACAACCAAAUCAUAAAAUUAUAAACUUUAACGAUUAUAAAAAAAUUGAAUCUGAAGAAGUUAAAAGAGGUAAAGAGAAAGGUAAAUUAUUGGAAAAAAUAAUAGUUUUUGAUGAAUUAAAAAAUAUAAUAAAUAAUUCCUAA